AUGCUUCCACCUUCUCCACCUAAUCGUCGCAGGAAGAAACGAGGCAGUGUCGUCUUCCAAGAAAAGGCCCUACCAGCCCGGCGAACCAUGGAAUCUGAAGAUGGACCACCAACAUCUCUACGAAUGACGCAGUCACGCACAAGCGCAUACCCCCACCGCCAGCGCUCCACCGAUUUGCCUUACCUUUCAUUUUCAUCUUCAAGAUUCCCAAUUCUCUCCUCAUUUCCGACAGUCAAAAAGUUGGUUGCCAUUAUUGCUGUUGAGAUCACCGAAGGACCAAAUAUCCCAUUCCACCUAGGCAUACAGGACAAAGAUGAUGCUCACAUGUCUGUCAAUGAGGUUAUCUACCAUGGGAUUCCAAAUGGAAGGUGUCUAACUACCUUAUGA